UCGCUCGCGCUCCCGGCCAGGAUCCUGUACCCCUCACCACCAUGGAAGUUGAAGGCUGACUGUAGAUGGAAACCUAACCAUACUGCCAUCCGAGAGAUGCAGCAUUAGCAAAGGGACUUCAGAAAUAUGAACAAUACUGGAGCUAGCCCAAUGUCAACUGUUCCAUCAAGCAGUGGAAGAGGGCCUGCAAAAUCAACUAACUUUACUCCUGAAUUGCAAACUAUGAUGUUUUCUUUAGGAGAUGCUCGCAGGCCUCUUCAUGAAUCAGCAGUAUUAGUAGAAGACAUUGUCCACACUCAGCUGAUUAAUUUGUUACAGCAAGCCUCCGAAGUUUCUCAGAUGAGAGGAGCAAGAGUUAUAUCUGCUGAAGAUCUUAUUUUUUUGAUGCGCAAAGAUAAGAAGAAGCUCAGAAGGUUGCUGAAAUAUAUGUUAUUCCGAGAUUACAAAUCUAAAAUUGUCAAAGGCAUUGAAGAAGAUGAUCUUCUUGAAGAUAAACUCAGCAACGGCUCCAACAAACGCCAGAAAAUUGCUCAAGACUUUCUUAUCUCUAUUGAUCAGACUGGGGAACUGUUGGUCUUGUUUGAAGAUGAUGAGGUUGAUGAUGUUAAACAAGAGAGAAUGGAGAGGGCAGAAAGACAAGCUCGAAUGAUGGACUCUGUACAAUAUGCAGAAUUCUGUGAAAGUCGUCAGUUGAGCUUUUCCAAGAAAGCUUCUAAGUUUCGAGACUGGCUAGACUGCAGCAGCAUGGAAAUAAAGCCAAAUGCAGUUGCUAUGGAAAUUUUGGCUUAUUUAGCUUAUGAGACUGUAGCACAGCUGGUGGACCUAGCCCUUUUGGUGAAGCAGGAAAUGACUCCUAAAGCUGGUGACCCCUUUAGUCAUGCAAUAUCUGCUACUUUCAUUCAGUAUCACAAUUCUGCUGAGAUGCAUGUAGUAGGACAGACAGCAAGUACGAAGCCCAGCCCGGACUCUCCUGAAAACACACCACCUCCAACGCCCACUCCUCCUUCAACAGGCCCACAGCUCUUUGGAAAAAUUCAGUCUGGAACCAUGGGGAAUGGUAGCCUCGGACAAGAGUCCUCCAGAGUUAAACAGCGAAAGAGGAAAAAAAGUACUGCAGCAUGUGGUGGAGAAGCCCAAAGUGAUGCCAUCCAGCCUGCCCACAUCAGAGAAGCCAUUCGACGCUAUAGCAACAAGAUUGGGCCACUUUCCUCAUACACAAGUGCCUACCGCAGAAAUGGGAUGACGUUUCUUGCUUGCUAGUAUGGAUGUGGCUACAGCAACAGAAAAGACAGUGUUAUAUUGAGCAGCAAGAAUACUGUAUGCAAAAUAUCAGAAGCAGUAAGAAAUUCCAAAUGUUGAAGAAUGAGAAGAAAAACUAAUGGAUCUUCCUACAUCAGAUGAAUUGACAACUUGACAAAAGAAAAUUUAACUCAAAUGUAUAUGAAUACCUGGCAACCACUUAUAGAUUAUGUAAAAAAAAGAUUGGGAGACAGUGAAGUUAUUGGUUUUGGUGUUUAAAUAUGAAUUCUUUGUUAUGUUGUGUUAGCGUAAUGGAAGUAUGUUAGCAUAAAUAGAAGUUAAUUAGAGAGGAAAAUUGUAUGGUAGAAUUGUUGACUAAAGCUAGGAAUGUGCUGGAAGUCAUUCGGAUAAAAUAGGGGAGGGGUUUGGGAAUGACAACAUGUUAGAUAUUCUGUUCAGGCUUGUUAGUUAAUAUAGUUAAUUUGUUCAUUAACCACUUUUUUUAGUAUUUUGUUGAAUUAGCUGUUGUGCUCUAUUAUUCCAUCUUGCUACCAUUCAGCACUCCAGAUCUUUCUUCAUGAAGAAGACAAAACCUUUCUUCACUACAUUACUUUUAUUUUUUGUGUGUUUCAUUAUCUCUUCUAUUAUUAUUUGUUUUGACCUUUCUUAUUAAGUUCAUGUACAUGAGUUUACAAUAUUAUCUUCAGUUGUAAUUGUGUUCUCAGUGUUCCGUAACAAAAUGCACUCUUUUGUUUUCCCAAGCGCUACAUAGAAGCUGAGUCUGUGAAUUUGUCUGACUUUUACAUGGGAUUUUCUUUUUUCUUUUUAACAAUUAUAGUGGGAAUGUAACACCAGGUGUAUGAUGAGAUCUGAAAGGAUUUUGGUGCAACUUCAGUGGAGUCAGUCAUAGGGGCCCAGGAUUUGACAGUGGACACUGUUAGUGAAUUGUUAUAUAGACCCACAGUGAGCAAAUGUUGCAGCAGACAAUGUAGUUCUUUUUCUGUUGAAGUAUCACAAUUGCCAUUUUCAAUAUUACACUGCCCAGCAUAACUGUUCUUUAAAAACAUUUUUGCAUGUCAUUUUUCUGGAACUAAUCUGCAUGUUGAAAAACUAAAAAUAAUGUGUACAAUAAAGAAGAACAAAAAUCUGA